UCCUGCGCGCUGUAGGACGCACAAACGAUCAGCUGAGCAGCGUUUUCCCUCUCAGAGGAAGGUUAGACAGAGCUGUUGUUCAGUCACUCAGUCACUCAGUCCCUCUCUCUGUAUGUUUGCACACUUCAUCUGAGUUCCGCUCCGUUUUUACACGUUAUUCAACAUUUUGUGAACCGAAGCUGCUCCCGUGGACGAGAUGUUGGAGACGGUCGCUUCGCAAAAAUGAACACAGACUGCACCAAGCCUUCUGUUGCUCCAAAGCCAAGAUUUGUUUGUCACGCCAGCCUGAGGCUGCCCUCCCCUCUAAUGUCUACAGCCAGGGGUCCCAAACCUUCUAUAGCCCCAAAACCUAAAGUCACACCACAGCUUAAUGGCAACCAGGGAGAAUGCAUCAAUGGAAGCCUGCUAACUUCAGAUGGCGAGGUUGACGAGGAGCACGAGACAGAGAACGGUUUAGACAAAGUGGCUGCAGACAGGUUGGCAACGGAGAAAGAUUUCAACGCCUACAUCCUCAAAUCACCACAAAAAGAUGUUCCGGGGGUGGAGGAUGGAGAGGAGGAAAAGGAAGAGGAAGAAGACGUGAUUCAGAAGAUGGAUGAGGACUGGAGGUUAACUGACAGCGCUCUAACAGAGGAGGUAGACUCCCUGGAAACACUUUGGGUUAGUGAUGCUGGACUUACAGUUGACUCAGAGGAUGUGGUGGAGAUGGUUGACACAGAUGUGACGGAGGACAUGGAUGCCGAAGGUUGCGACGCAGGCGAGGCGCUGGCUGACACAGAUGGCAUCUCAGUGGGGAACAUUUCUGUUAAUAGCAUUGAUGAAGAGGCAGGCUGCUAUUCCUCUAAAAGUGGAGACAUGAGGGAGAGGCAGCUCCAGAUUAAGGAGGAUGAAGCAGGUGACUGUACAGCAGAUGAUUUAACGGAGUCUCUCACAGAUGAGCCUGGUCUCUUGAGCAAUGAAAACAUGAAGGACACUGAUACACAGGUUUUACUAACAGAUGUAGGGGAGAAAGAAGAGGAGCCUGCUCCUGAUUGUGGCAUCACUUGUAACAUCCUGAAGUUUAGAUGUGGCCAUAAAAUGAAGGAAAAGGGCGAAAACCUGCAGAACUUUCAUGACUUGAUCCCUGAAGAGCAAAAACAUGUCUGUAACACAACUGAGGAAGACGAUGAUCCAACUCACGAGCCUUAUUACAUCUCUUCAGAGGACAUUAUUAACAGAGAGAUGAUGCUAAGGAAUAACAAAGCUCACGGACUACCACCCAGUCCACUUUCGUCUGUGAAUCACAGUGGAGCAUCAGCUGGGAAAUCUGAGGGAACAGCAGAAAAUGGACAAACAGAGUGUGUGUCCUCUGAGGAUUAUGUGGAUGUUAGUAAGAGUCUUCAGUACUGUAGCUACAACAGUGAUGAAAACAAGGUGAGAACCUCUCAGAAAAGGACCGUAGAACCUAAAGCUCGGACAGCAGAGGCCUUGCUCGAUCAUGUGGACUGUCAACCGAGAUUCAGAUUGGUGUCCAUCUCAGUGCCGACGGACACCGACACCUCGCUGACAUCUUCUUUCUCUGAAAGCCAGCUGAUUUCCCCGAGUGACUCUGUCUUUGAGGAAGACCUAGAGGGUCACAUAGUGCCGUUUCUGGAUGACACUACUGACACAGAGCAGGACAUCAGUGAUGAACAUGUGUACGAGGAACCAGGGCACAGCUCAGAGGGCGAAAAUGUUUUUCCCUUCCAUAAGAGGACAACAGACAUGCGCUCCCACUCACUGUCACACCGCAAUAAUAAUAAUGUGGCUGAGAUGGGAGGGAAGUUUGUUCAGAGGCCCUACAUGAGUGGGUUUGGACAACCUGCGCUGAGCAGCAGCCCCAUGUUGAGCUCAAUGCGGCCCAAGAGCUACAGCAAACCCCACUAUCUGUCCCUGUAUCCCCGCUCCCUCUCCAUGGAGGGACAGGACAUGCCUCUGGGUGUCUACAGCUACAGGGAAGGAUCCCCAAGACAGGGAGGUGCUAUUUGUUCAUCUGGAAGCUUCUCACGGUGCUCACCUCUGUCGUCCAGCGGAAUGUCCACUCCGACAUCUGUAGUGGACAUCCCUCCUCCCUUUGAGCUGGCCUACAUCACCAAGAGACCCAUCACAAAGAGUUCCCCCUCACUCCUCAUCGAAGGAGACUCAUCGGAGAAAGACAGGAAAAAGAAAUCCUCCAUUAAGCGUUUCCUGAUGCUUAAAUUUAGGCGGAAAACAGAGAGCAAACCUGUAGUGGAUGUUAAUCCGUCCUUGUUCAAGCCCUCACCAGAGUCCAACCACCACGCGCCCAGCAGACUACUGGAUCUAGAUAGACGCAGCAUCAGUAGCUCUCCACACCUCAACACACGCUCCACUUGUAAACCUGUUCCAUCCGAGCCGACCCCCACCUUCUUGCUCUACCAGGAAAGCAAAAGAAAAGGGAGCUCUGUGGCCUUUCUCAAUCGCAGCGUCGUCCGGGUGGAGUCUUUUGAGGACCGCUCCCGCGUGCCUUUCACACCCCUUCCCCUGACCAAGCCUCGCUCCAUCUCCUUCCCCAACACGGAUACCUCAGACUAUGAGAAUGUUCCCGCCAUCAGCUCGGAUUACGAGAACCUUCAGGUCCCACAGCGGAGGCCCAUCCGACAGCCGCCAUAUACAGACUUCUUUGACCGUCCCAGUCGGGUACUGUCCUCUGCCAAUGAGACUGAUGGUUACGUCGACAUGAGCAGCCUCCCUGGGUUCAAGAGUAAAACUCAGUCACCUGAACAGGAAACGGAAAGUGCCUACACAGAAGCCUACAACGUGUGUUCAGUGGCAGCUUCUCCACAGUCUGUCUCAGUGGGCGAUGUUGUGCGAGAGACGGCGCGUGAGGAAGACCAAGGACGCACCUCUGAGGAGGAGGAGGGUGGUGCAGACUGCAUUUAUGACAGACAGCCCGACGGCCGAUCCAGAGCCUUUUACAUCGCCAAAGAGCUGGUGGAUACAGAGAGAUUACAUGUGAAAGCCCUCAAGCUCCUCCAGGAAGACUUUCGGGAAGCAGUGGGGGCUGCGGUUGGGGAUGAGGGGGAACCUGUGUUGGACGAAGAGAGGCUUCGAGAGAUUCUCAAUGAACUGCCUGAUGUUUACACCCUGCACCGCAGGAUCCUCACCGAGCUGGAGAAUCGAAUCCGACACUGGGAGGAGAGCCAGAGGAUUGCAGAUGUCUUCCUGUCCAGAAAAGCAGAGUUCUUGGUUUUUACCACCUACAUCGGUCACUACGACCGAAGUAUGAACCUGCUGGAGGACAGCUGCAGAACUUCACCUGGCUUUGCAGCCAUUGUUCAUCAGUUUGAGCAGCAGAGUCCAGCUGGGGAAGAGGUGUCACUGAAACAUCAGCUGCUGCAGGUCAUCGUGCGUGUGGCUCAGUACCGCAUGCUCCUCACUGAUUACCUAAACAACCUCUCCCCUGAUUCCAAGGAAUAUGAAGACACCCAAGCUGCUGUGGCCUUUGUGUCUGACAUUGCAGAUCAAGCAAAUGACAGCUUAAAACAUGGGGAGAACUUGUUGCGUCUGGUCAACAUAGAGUACAGUGUUCGUGGCCAGCGGGACCUGUUGCAGCCUGGCAGGGUCUUUGUGAAGGAGGGCACCCUGAUGAAGGUCAGCAGGAAGAGUCGACAGCCCCGCCAUCUGUUUCUGAUGAAUGAUGUGCUGCUGUACACCUACCCUCAGCAAGACGGGAAAUACAGACUGAAGAAUACUCUGCCACUCACCGGCCUGAAGGUCAGUAAACCCAUCAUAGAAAAUGUCCAGAAUGCACUGCGGAUUGAAGGAGCAGACAUCUCCAUCACUUUGUCUGCGAGUUCUUUUAUCGAAAGAGAAGACUGGUUUUACACUCUGAGCCGCACUGUGACUGAACAUGCCAGAGGAGCUGUAGCAUUCAACGGCUGCCCAGGAGAGGCCAGGGAUCGUCUGCGGCUGACUCUGGGAGAGAAAGCUCCCACACUUGUUCCAGUCUCACAAGUGAUGAUGUGCAUGAACUGCACCUCAGAUUUCAGCCUCACUCUCCGAAGACACCACUGCCACGGCUGCGGAAGAAUUGUGUGUCGAAGCUGCUCCAGGAACAGAUACCCACUGAAAUACAUGAAAGACCGCAUGGCCAAAGUGUGUGAUCACUGUUACAGCGAGCUAAAGAAGAGAGGGGGAGACGUGUCUGCACUGUCAGCUAAGAGUAGCCCUCGUCCAAACCGCUCCAGUCGUCCUCUUUCUGCCAUGUUCCAAAACAUUCAUCCUCCCAACAUCUGGAGACACCGGAAAGGCACUCUCUCCUUCAACCAGGUGACAGUGUCAGAGGAAGGCUCCAUCAGUGGCACUCUGCAGCGCAGCAAGAAGAGCAAGAGGAACUGGAAGAGACUGUGGUUCCUCCUAAGAGACAAGGUGCUUUACACCUACCGAGCCCAAGAGGAGAAAGUAGCGUCAGAGAGUUUACCUCUGCUGGGUUUCACCGUGAAGCUACCUGAGCAGCAGGGGGGAGAGGAGGAGGCCAACAUCUUCCAGCUUUACCACAAAAACACUUUGUAUUACUCCUUUAAAGCUGAGGACAACUUUACAGCCCAGAGGUGGGUAAACGCCAUGGAGGAAGCCACAGUUUUAUAGGAUCAGCUACUGCCGAAAAUAGAAGUCUGCUGCCUCUCUCCUGCUACAAACAGACUGUGAAACCAAAAGGGGGAAGAUAACGAUAUUUGAUUAUGUCUGCAAGUUGUAACGUGGACUGAAUAAAAGACGACAUCUUGUUCUUUUAGAGGGGACACGAUUACCUACUUAGUCAACCUCCAGUGUCCCGGCCUGCUGUUACCGCAGGUGUGAUGCUGAGAGCCACGAGAAGCGUUGGCCCAAAUACCUGCCAGUGUGGAACAUUACAUUGAUGUGACCUGUAUUUCCCCCAGCAGCUGAUCAGCAACAUUCCUCCAAAUCAUGGGGAAGAUUUCAAGUAUUUUUUUCAAUGUAUAAAAUAUUUUAUAAACAACCUAAAGAAAUUAUUUCAAUAGCUGAACAAACGUACGCAUCAAAGGUCCAGUCGCUAUGAUUUAGGGGGAUAUAUUGGCAGAAAUGGAAUAUAGUAAGUGUUUUCUUUGGUGUCACCUGAAAAUAAUAAUUGUCGUGUUUUCGUUACCUUAGAAUGAGCCAUUUAUAUCUACAUAAGGAGCUGGUCCUCAUGUUUCAGAGUCCACCAUGUUUCACGGCCAUGUUUCUACAGUAGCCCAGAACGGACAAACCAAACACUGACUCUAGAUGGGGCCAUUUGCUUUUUCUCAUUGGCCACUGUAGUCAAACAGCACUGCUCCCGGUUAAAACCUCCUGAACAUCUGGAUCAGAAAUGAAGUGAACACGAAUUAAGUUAUCUGAGAAAAAAGGCGAGCGCACAUUAGCAACUGCUGGGCUAGUGGCCUGUCUGUGACGAGCCAAACAGCAUUAGAGAAACACUGAUUUGUAACGUGAAACUGCUUUAAUCAGUGUUUUUACUGGUUUAAAUCAGGUGUUGUGUUUGUUUGGGAGAAGAAGAGACCUCUGCGGAUAAUUUGGCUCCCAAUAUAAACUUCCUGAUCAAUGAACACUGAAGGAAUCCUAACCGAAGUUCACGCUGAGCACGUAGAAGAAGUUUCAGCUGGUCACAAUUUGCAGUCCUCACCGCUAGAUGCCACCAAACAGUCAUUUUACUGUUGUUUCCAGGGAGGCUGGAAAAUUGGUAGCACAUUUCAACCUCACUCAAAAAUGCCCAAAUUUGGAAUGGCCUGAUCUUCGGGAAAUUAGUUAUGCCUUCAUUUCAACAUAUGUUCCUCCACUGGAUUAAGUGCAUCUCUAUGACUAACACCCUGAAGCACAGGCUGUAUCAAAGAAUGCGUAAUGUUAUAUGUAUAGAUGUGUCUGUAGCCAUGCCAUGCACUGUACUGUUGGAGAUGGUUCUGCCAGUGAUUAUAAAACGUUUAUAUGCUUCUUUUGCACUGACAUAAAAAGGAAUGAACCUGAAUAGGAAAUAUGAGUGUACCUGCAUCACAGAGGCCGAAAGCUUCAACUACUGUACUUCACUUACUUGAUUUACUAAACAUACUUUUUAAAAAAUGUUGCCAGUUAUGUCAUUAUUGUUUGAAAUACUUAAAACAAGUGUAAUGUAAAUAUAUAAAGACUCCACAUCCAGUUGUGCACAGGUGUUGCUGCCCUGGACUGAACCAUGAAUCACUGAUAUCACUGAUCUACAUUAUCAGUGUCUUUGUACUGUAGCUGAGGAUUUAUUACGUUUGAAUUUCUAACACUAUUAUAUUAAAACAGUAAAGGAGGCGUUAACAAUGGAAACUGUCUGUGUCUGUGUUUUCUCUUCAUCCUCCUCAUCAUGGGCAGAUUGUGAGACCAUGGGCCCCGAUGCAAAAGGCCCCACCACCUCUCCAACACGGGGGCAAGACAUGGGGACUCUGGUGCUUUUUCUUCUUUUUCAUUGAUUGCGUCUGUUUAUAGUCGAUUUGUGUGAGGAAAUUUUGUCUCUUCAUGGUAUUUUUUUGUGUUUGGUCUUUCUGUGUCUCUUUGAGGUCAUGUUAUGUCUCUUUGGGGUAAUUGUUAUGUCUUCUUUUGGUCAUUUUGUAGU